UAGCAUCGAAGAAAAAACAAUAUUGGUAAAAAAAAUAAAAUAAAAUAAAGUAAAGAAAAAGUCUGGCCGUUGUUUAGGUUUAUAAAGCACGGACAGGCAAACAGCUUGGAGUACAAGGCUGAGCCAUCUUCGCCUGACACCGUUUGUUCUAAACCAUAUAUAUCAGAGUUUGUAUAUAUCUCUUUAUAUUGCAGCUGAAGAAGAAGGAAAAAAUAGUUCUCAAAGUUAUUUUUCUUUUCAUUGAAGGCGUCCUCUUUUACAAUCUGGCUAGGCAGAGGCCAGCAUCUCUUAUGCAUGAUUUGAUUUGGGUUCGCCAUUUGGCAAGGAUUUUCUUUCACUCUGGCCGCUGCAAAAAAGUCAAAAUCUUCUCGCACCUUUAAAGGGGUGUGGGGUGACAAUGAAAGAUUGAUUGUGCUUUAUGUUGGAACAUCAAGGUCAUCAACUGUUUGGAGAUUGUGCCGUGUUUUGGAGGGGUUAUCUUUGGAUUAUGGCUAAGGCCAUCUAUGGCUGAGUUUUCGGAAGCUUGACUAGUAAAGCCAGGUCUUCAUUUCAGGCUUCUGGAGUUUAAUGACCAGUGUAGUUUGAUCAUUGUUUGUUUUCCAAAACAAAAAAAAAAAAAAAACAAAAAAAAAAAAAGAAGGUAUUGCUAUGUGGAUGUAGCUCUUGUAUUGCAACAAUGGUGAGAUUUUCGUGUUUUAAUGCUCACAUCCAUACCCACAAACCUAAGAAAACUCUUCAUCCUUCAGUUGAGUCCUUGCAUAAGUCCUUGCAAGAUUGCUCUCGUGGUAGUUUUUCAGAUGAUUUAUCUAACAAGACAAGCCCCUUAUUGUUGAGUUCACAAGUAGUGGGAGAUGCUCAAGUUAAUAAUGGUGCUAAGCAUGUUUCUUCUGUUGGCCGUGGUUGGAAGUCAGAGGACAUGAAGAACAAGUUUGUCAUUGAUAGUGAUUUACUGAUUCCUCAUAGAGGGAAUCUCAAGAAAAGUCAGUCUCUGGGAAGUGGAUUAUACCGGGAGGGGAGGGUUUCUGCCGACAAUGACUUUGAAGAAGAGACAGAUCAAGGACUUUCUUGUGAUGGUUCCCAGGACCGAAAUGGGUUUGGUGCAAGAGAUGGAAGCAAAGACAGUGACGUAAGCCCACAUGAUCAGUAUCAAAAAGCGCCAACCUUAGACACUUUUCACGUAAGUAGUGACAUUGUCAAUAAUGAAUCAAUUUUCUUAAAUGGGGACCAACCACAUUCUGAAAAGGAACCCCAGGACCAUUCUAAAACUCCAUUAUCUGGUGAGUUGGCUGGUGAGUGUAGUGACCAGACAUUACAUACACUGCGUCGGGUUGUAAAAUCACGCUCUUUACCCGACCUUGGUGCUUGUACGCCUACUUCUAGACGUCGUACACGUUUUGGUCCAUGUUCAAGGUCCUCUGAAAAUCUGCAUGUUCCGGACAUGAGCUGGAAAGAUAUUACAGUUCACGAGGUUGAAAAACAUUCAGUGGGAGGAGAAGUAGGAGAUGACAAUAUCUGUAAAGCGGAGAAAGGUACUUUUGAUAAUUAUGAGUCUUGCGAUUAUUCUGGUUUAGCAAAGGACUGGAUCAUGCCGGUUGUGGACAAGGUCGACACUGGGAAAAACGUCCAGGAAGAGUCCUUGCUUCACCAGUGGGACGAAUUGCCAAACAAGGAUUUUAAGAUUAAGCGCAUUGAGGAGUGGGUUAAUGAUCUACAGCAUUGCAGCCCGUUGGAAGAAGCCAAUGAGUCAUUAGAUUGUAAAGAUAACAUGAAGAGAGAUUCCGGUUCGUUAAAUGGAUUGGCUGCUGCAAAGAUGGAAGAUAAAGUCACUCCUGGCAUGGAUGCUGCAAAAAGAUAUAUAUCUUCCUUAGGCGCAUCUGCUACCACAGCACAGCUGGCUAAUCAUGGAUUGGUUGUGAUCCCAUUUCUCAUUGCAUUUGCAAGUCUGAGGGUGCUCAAUCUAUCAGGAAAUGCAAUAGUGAGAAUAACAGCUGGUGCUCUUCCACGGGGACUUCAUACGUUGAAUCUGUCAAAAAACAGUAUUUCAACUAUUGAGGGGUUGCGUGAACUCACAAGACUCCGUGUGCUAGACCUGAGUUACAACCGAAUUCUCAGAAUUGGACAUGGCCUAGCAUCUUGUUCCUCUCUGAAGGAGUUGUACUUGGCUGGAAACAAGAUCAGUGAGGUUGAGGGUCUUCACCGCCUAUUGAAACUGACCGUGCUGGAUUUACGUUACAACAAAAUCUCGACAGCCAAAUGUCUUGGCCAGCUUGCAGCUAACUACAAUUCCCUGCAAGCCAUCAGCUUGGAAGGUAACCCAGCACAAAAGAAUGUUGGUGAUGACCAGCUGAAGAAAUAUCUUCAGGACCUUCUUCCCCAUUUGGCUUACUUCAACCGGCUACCAAUUAAAGCCAGUACUUUGAAGGAUUCUGCAGAUAGAUCAGUUCGGCUAGGCAUCAAUUCACACCAGUUUGAUCGCAGCCUGAGACCAGAUCACAAGGCUACUAGGAAAGGCAGCCACAUUCUAACUUCUCAGAGGCCACCGUCUUCAGCAGCUCACGGUCGUGGAAGUCAAGCAGCAGUGUCUCCAAAACACUUGAAGGGAAGGCAUGGCCGCCUGCCUCCAAAUGGGACUAAAGCACCAUCUCAUAAUCGGCAUCAUUAUUUUGACUUUGGCAGCAAAAUUAUGAACUUCAAACCAGAUCUCUCGAUGCGCAGGAGUAGAAGUGAGGAGACUUUGGGAGCUAUUUGAGAUUGUUUUUCUCAUGCUUUAGAGUAUGGUUUCUUAUUUUCUGUUUCGCUUGUGGGUAUGUUUGUUUGAAUUACGUUUCGCCUAUUUACCAAAGCAGACUUGAACUUGAUUUGCAA